AUGGUUCAAGAUAUACGUAUCAGUUAUAAAAGUGCAGAAAAGGGUAAAAAUGGUAUUUCUGACAUCGACACGAAAAGGUAUGCUAGAGAUAUACCUAAAGCAGCCCCCAAAAUAACUAAAUCUGAAGGCAGAGAAGAUCAUACAGUGUCAUCAUCCAAGUCCAUUAGUGAAGCUGAUGAAUUAGUGCACAAAUUGCUAGCAAGGAAUCGAGCAAAACAAGCAACGAGGAAAAGUUCUGGAGAAAUGGAGGAAACUAAAGAAUUUGCAACACUGCCUCAAAAGAAGGAUGUUACACUAGGAAAAAAAGGAGUUACAGAGGAAAAGAAGUCUGAAGAUCAUGGUGUUUUAUCAAGCAAGCUAGAAGAAAAAUACAUUUUUCAGGAGCAAGGAAAGACAUUUAAACCUAAGGAAGUACUUUCUAGCAUGGAGGAGAGUCCGACUCCUCCUGCUUAUCCAUCUGUUCAAGAAAAUAUACGAUAUUCUUCUAAACAGACUGAUGAGAAAACAACAUCACUGUUAACUGAMAAAACCCAACAAAUGCCAACAGCGACCAGAGCAAGCAUAAAAUUUGAAUCUUCUUUGGAAUUAGGCCCCAAAGGACUGGUUACAGCGAAGAAAACCCCAGAAGUAAAUGAAGGAGUUUCCCAGGAUAGCAGCACGGGGCAAGAUGCAUGUGGCACCACUGAUUUGGAUUCUGUGAGCCUUCCAAAAAUCCGAGGAGACUCAGAGUCACGUUUUUCCUUAAAUUAUCAAGAACAAUUAUUGUCCAAAUCUUCAAAUGUACACAAAGAUUCCCCUCAACUCAUCUCAGAAAGACAGAAGACUACCUUGUCUGCUAAACCCAGUACUCAAGAACAAGAUGAAUCUUUACCCUUGUAUGAAAACAUUAUGUUACCAACAACCUUACCUUCCAAAUACCAAGAUGUGGCUCCUCUUAAAAGCUCCUUGAGCGGUCGUAAAACAUCUUCUGAAUCUUGGGAUGCCGAGGAAGCUUCUCUUUUCCCUGUUGAGAAGAUACCCCCUUUGAAGACCCAAGAAAAAAUGCCAGCAGUUACUGCUCCAGAAGAUAAAAAGGCAGCUAGGCUAGUUUUUCCUGUCACGCACACUGAAAAUGUAACUUGGGAAACUCGCUCACUUGAGAAAAAAAUUUUCCCAUGGUCUCAAAAAGAAGUAGUAGAUGUUGAAGAUGUUGAAGAAAGACUCCCAUUAAUAACUCAAGUGGUUAAAACACAACAAGCGUCAACACAUUCACUGGCAGAAGCUGACCCAAAUGUGGGGAAGAAAACGUCGGAGCUUUUGCACAGCAUGUUGGCAAAGCUGUCACCAGGGGUAGAAAGUCUGCAAGACACAGAAGGUUUUGAAGACAGCAGAAUAGAUAGCGUUGCUGAGGAUAGAUCAAAUAAGCCCUCAACACUUCUUGAAAGUUUGGAGUCAAAUCUGAAAGACCUGCAGGAAGCACUGGCCGUGACGGAUGACAAGCCAAGCAAGGAGAGUGAAAGUCAUGGAUAUGAACUCAAAAGGAUUUUAGCUGCAAGUCUGGAAACAAAAGUGAAAGACCUGCAGCAAGUGGAGGCUUUCAUAGCAGAUCUAGACAUAUGUGGAUCUGAUGAAGAGCAAGCGUAUGACAUCCCACAAACAAGAAGACUUCUUCUGUCAAGUUUGGAACCAACUCUGAGAGACCUGCAAAUGGUAGAGGCUGAUACAGUUAUCCCACCAGAGAACAUGAACGAGGACAGAUUGAAAGAAUUAAUGAACCAGAAGAAGAGUUUCUUGUCAAGUCUGGAAGAAACUUCACAAGACUUGAAACAAACAGAGAGUGUUGUAAUAGACCAAAGAGACACAUACAGAUUUUGUGAGGAAAAACUGCAGGACCUAACAGGAAAAAGAAAACUUUUACUUACCAGCCUGGCAUCRAAUUGGAAGGAUCUGCAACAGACUCUGAACCUGGCUCCCAGCCAACCUCCUGUCACGGAUGGAAACAAAGUAAAGGAACUUGUCAAGGAAAGAGAGACUUUGGUUGCUGAAAUAGAAGAGAAUCUAAAGAGCCUGCAGCAAGUUGAGAAUGUGGUAAUAAGCCAUUUAAUCGCAGACAGAUUCCCUGAUAGGUGCUUUGGCAGCAGUUCUGAUUUAUUUGAAAGAAAAUCAGAAGCUCCUGGAAAAGACCCUCUAAAUGGUAGAAUUUUGCAGCCAGAACAUACUCUUUUAGCACUUCCACUUAAUCAAGAGAGAAGCAUUGAAGAUGAAUUGUUAGCACUGAAAAAAAAAAUCCUGCUUCCAAAUCUUCCAUCAACUCUGCCAGCUAUGUCGGUUAUUCAAAGUAUGGAGAAAUGCAUCAGUAAGAAAGGGACAGUUCCAGAAGAACCUUCACUGCCAACCUACGAGAGAGAGACCUCACCACCCCUUCCUCCAGUGACGCCAAGCAGAGCUGUUUCCAAAAUACAUUUUGACUUUUCUACCCUUCCAGCCUUAGUGCCAGAAGGGCGAUUUCAGAGGCCAUCAGAAAUGGAACUUCACAAGAGAAAGCUGACGAAAAAAUCAGAUGUUUCUGAGAACAAAAGAGACUCACCUUCCCCGCUUUACGAGGGAGAAUGGGGAGACCUAUAUAUUUCUGGGAAGAGUUACCCCCUGGGCUCAAAGAUGCAUGAAGCAAAAAGGAGGUGAAACAUCUGCUAAGAUUCUCUCAUAUUUCUCUUACUAGACAUUASAGAUUCUGUUUAGACUAGCUGUGAUGGUAAAUGUACAGCAUUAAUAAACGUACCACUCUGUCGCUCUCACACAGCUGAGGUGUGUUUGUGUAGACAAGGGCUGUACAAGAACCU